AUGUCCAUCCCAUUCCCGACCGUCAUCGUCAAACAGCUCCCGCACACGCGCUACCGCCUGCUGGAGCAGCUCGAGAACGAGUUUGGAGGUAUCCCGCUGCCGCCGUCGCAGGAGGCGAUGGAGGAGGCGCUCGAGCUCGCCGACGUCGCUAUCAAGUCGCCAGUCUUCAGUGCCGAAGACCAGGAAGAGGCGCGCAAGUGGAAGGAGGCGUUGAUGGAGAAUGCCGAUGACUGGACUCGUAUCCGUGACCCCUUCAACCCGCUGUACCGGGUUCUGGUGCAGAUGCAGGACGAGAUCCAGACGCUGCGCCACGAGCUCCGCCGCGCACAGACCCGCCUCGACACGUACGACGAGGCGCGGAUCAACCAGGCCCGCAGGCUAGUUGGCCUCCCGCCUGCGCGUCCGAUGGGCAAUGGCAUGGGUGGCAUCAGUGGCAUUGCCAGUGGCAUGGCCACUCCGCCUAUCGGCAGUGCUCGCUUCGCUUCGCCCGCAAUAAUCAACCGCCUCUCGGCAGACAGCCUGCGUGAUGCCCUCGAGACGUAUCUGAACGAGACGCCGCCCUUUGAAGCAAGCCGCGAUAGCAUGCAGCGCGCACUCAAGGUGUGCUGCGGCAUGGAGGAGUCGGACAGCACCGUCAUGGGCAUCUGGAGCAACGGUGACGAGCCCUCGGCCAACGUCAUCUCGGUCGUGGCCGAGAAGCAGAUCUUCAUGUCGUACCCCGCCCAGUUGGACGAGGAGGAGUUGCUGAUGGUGGCUGAUGGGUCACGAUCUGGUCACACUUCUGAUGAGAUUUACUAG